GGGUGUAGCUUUAGUGCGGCAUAUUUUCUUUGCUUUUUUCAUGUGAGAUUUUAUCGGUUUACAACAUUUUGGCACAUAUCGGUGGAUCGCUGACAAACGGCUGCGGGCUUAUCAUGGAGCACAUCCGCACCCCAAAGGUCGAGCAGGUGAAGCUGCUUGAUCGUUUCAGUAACAAGUCCACCACAGGAACGCUGUACCUGACAGCUACGCACCUCAUCUUUGUGGAGAGCAACGCACCAAGUGCUCAGGAAAUAUGGAUCCUUCACCAUCACAUAGCGUCGGUGGAGAAGCUCUCUCUCACCACCAGCGGCUGCCCGCUGCUCAUCCAGUGCCGCAAUUUCCGGGUCGUUCACUUCGUGGUCCCGCGGGAGCGAGACUGCCACGACGUUUACAGUUCUCUGGUCCGGCUGCUCCGCCCAGUGUCGUACGACGAGCUGUACGCGUUCUCCUACAAUCCGAAACAGAACGAGCAGCAAAGGGACGAGGGAUGGCAGCUCCUCGACCUCGCGGCCGAGUUCGAACGCAUGGGCGUACCAUGUGACCAGUGGCAGCUGACCGACGUCAACAGGGAGUACAAGGUGUGUGAGACGUAUCCCAGGGACCUGUAUGUCCCCAUCACGGCCAGUAAGCCGAUCAUCGUCGGAAGCUCCAAGUUCAGGAGCAAAGGUCGCUUUCCCGUCCUGACCUAUUUUUACCAGGAGAAGAAGGCGGCGCUGUGUCGAUGCAGCCAGCCUCUCUCGGGCUUCAGCGCGCGCUGUCUGGAAGACGAACACAUGCUGCAGGCCAUCAACAAAGCCAACCACAACAACCGCUUCAUCUACGUUAUGGACACGAGGCCUAAGGUGCGGCACUCGCCGUCUCUCGUCGUCCUCUUUUUCUGUCCCCGGGUUCAGGUAAAGUUUUAUAAUCAUGCGAGUUCUCUAAAUCUGUUGCAGUUGAACGCAUUGGCGAAUCGGGCGGCGGGAAAGGGGUACGAGAACGAGGACAAUUAUUCCAACAUCCGGUUCCAGUUCGUUGGCAUCGAGAACAUCCACGUCAUGCGAGCCAGCCUGCAGAAGCUGCUGGACGUGGUGGGCACACGUGCUCUCUCAAUGACUGAUUUUCUGGAAGGGCUUGAGAACAGUGGCUGGUUGCGCCACAUCAAGGCCGUCGUCGACGCUGCCAUCUUCCUUGCAAAGGCAGUAACAGUUGAGGGUGUCAGUGUACUGGUUCACUGCUCAGACGGUUGGGAUCGUACAGCUCAGGUCUGCUCCUUGGGGGCGCUGCUCAUGGACCCCUACUACCGCACCAUCAAAGGCUUCAUGGUACUGAUUGAGAAAGACUGGAUCUCUUUUGGCCACAAGUUUGCGGACAGGUGUGACCAGUUGGACGGUGACCCGAAGGAGGUGUCUCCGAUAUUCACUCAGUUCCUGGAGUGUGUGUGGCACGUCAUGGAGCAGUUUCCUCAGGCCUUCGAGUUCAGCGAGUGGUUUCUUAUUCAGAUCCACGAGCACGUGCACUCGUGCCAGUUUGGCAACUUCCUGGGGAACAGUCAGCGGCAGAGAGAGGAGCUGCAGUUGAAGGAGAGGACGUACUCACUGUGGGCGUAUCUGAUAAGCGAGCAAAAGAAUUUUAUGAACCCCGUUUACAACCGGAGUGUGGCAGAAACGUACCUGGUCCUGGAGCCGUCCACACAGUCCUGGAACUUCAAGUUCUGGAGAAACAUGUACCAUCAGUACGACCGCUCCAUGCACCCGCGCCAGUCGAUCCUCAAACACACUUCGACGUUGAAGGACAGCAACAAGGAGUUAGAAGCCACAGUACGGGCCCUGCAGGAGAAGCUGCAGAAGUUCGGAGUAAGCACGUCUCCUCUUCACCGCCCGAAGGAGCGCGGCGUCCCCCCCCGUCCACGGUCUCUCAUCCUCGGCGCUCCUCGCAGCCGGAAGGAGGUCCAGCACGACAAGGACGAAGUGAUCUACGGCCAGGAGGCCCUGGAGGACGAGCACGUGACGGACAGCAGCGCCGGAGAACGGACCGUAGAGGGGAGCAGCGCCACGGAGAACGGAUACGCCGAGCUCCAGGGCUCGUUCGGAUCCAAGCGAGAGCCCGCUGUGGUCAGCUUGGAAUUCGGCGUCGCCCGGAUGACCUGCUGAGAGAUUCUGGAAUACAGGAGGACUGGAAUAAAUCAAAGAUUUGUAUAUUUAGGGUUAGUUAUGAGAGACACAUGAAGAACCAGUAUGAAUGUCUGUGUGAGGAAUAAACAGAAGGAUGUAAAUUCAUUACAGAUCAGGUGGUAUAAAUGUUAAUGUCCUGAAUGAGAAGUUUGUUUUUAUAAAGAUUGUUAAUAGCUCUAAAAAUAUUAAACGCUUGAAUGAAGAGAGGACUGAAACUCUCGAACUAAAA